AUGAGUUUCAAUGGAGCGAACUGUAUUCUCUUACCGGCUCUUGAAGCGGUCAUCGCACGCUAUGUGCUUGCAGAAUGUCUCCCGGACACCUCUCUCACGACGUACUGGCUAGCUUUUACCAUUCUCAACAACACAGUCCUCAUCUUCCACAAUAUGAUCCUCUAUCCUUUCUUCCUUAGCCCACUGCGCAAUCUGCCGCAACCCAAAGGCUUCAUCCCGCUCUUCGGCCACGGCCGAUUGCUAUUGAAGAAGCGUCAGGCAGGCGGGGACUGGCAUCUGCAAACCAUGAAGACAGUGCCCAACGACGGCAUCAUCCUCCGACGAGGGUUUCUUCAUACUACAAGACUUAUCCUGACUACGCCGGCAGCACUGGCAGAUGUAGUGGUGCACAAGAGCUAUGAUUUCGAGAAACCGUCUCGAGCAAGAAGGUUCCUGAUGAGGUUCCUGGGAGAGGGCUUGUUGCUAAGUGAAGGAGAAGAGCACAGGCUACAGCGGAAGAGGUUAGCGCCUGCGUUCCACUUCAGGAACGUUAAAGAAUUGUAUCCUGUGUUUUGCGCAAAGUCGAUGGAGUUCUGCGGCGCGAUUAGGCAGGAGCUUUUUGGGCGACCAGAUGGCGUAUUGGAUAUCUGUCAGUAUACAUCGCGGGUGACGUUGGACCUCAUCUGUCUCGCUGGUAUGGGUCGGGAUACCGGGUCUCUGUUGAACGCCGAUGACGAGUUGAUCAAGAACUACGAGGAGAUUCUGGAGCCCUCCGCGGAGAAGAUGUGGUACUAUGUGGCUAACAUUGUCCUACCGCCUUGGCUGGUCAGCAUCCUACCCUGGAAGCUGCAUGAGCGGGCCAGGGUUACGACGAGGAAUUUGCGCAGGAUUUGUUCCGAGUUUGUAGCGGAGCGGAGGGCAAAGAUGCAGCAUAAGGAUGCCGAGAGCCGUGACAUUUGUCGAUCAUGA